CUAGAAUUAAAUUGUCUUUUGUUGAAUCUCACACAAGAUGCUCAAUCCAUUAUUAAUUCUUUGCAGUUUCCUGCUUGCUUCAGCAUUAUCUUUAGACAAUGAAGGUUUAAUCAAUGAGGAAGACCCAUUUGCUUCCACGGAAGAUAGUUAUGAGUCAUAUACAGAUCUGAGAAGACUUGUAAGCUCACUUGAAAAGAUUCAAAUGACGUACGACCCAUCUGAAACACAUUUGGAUUAUAAGAGUUCUGCUAAUCCAAUAAACCUAUCUAAAAAAGACUCACUGCUCAAGAAACUAGAUUAUGAGAGUCUCCACGAUCCAAGUUACUAUGGAAAGGCAAGAGAUGGGAGUAAGCUUGAUGAAAAAGAUCACUUUGGACGACCGAGUUAUAAAGAUGACUACGGAUUAUCUAAAAAGGACUCAUUGUACAAGAAACUGGAUUAUGAGAGUCUUCAUGAUCCCCUAAGUUACUAUGGAAAGGCAAGAGAUGUAAGUAAGCUUGAUGAAAAAGAUUACUUUGGAAGACCGGGUUAUAAAAAUGACUACGGAUUAUCUAAAAAGGACUCACUGUACAUGAAAUUAGAUUAUGAUGGUCUUCACGAUCCACCAAGCUAUGGAAAGGCAAGUUACGACAGUAAGUACGAUUUGCAUGAUUACUAUAACCGACCAACUUAUGAAACUGAUUACGAUGAAAAGGAUUAUAAAAGUUAUAAAGAUGAGUACGCACUAUCUAAAAAGGACUCAUUGUACAAGAAACUGGAUUAUGAGAGUCUUCAUGAUCCCCUAAGUUACUAUGGAAAGGCAAGAGAUGUGAGUAAGCUUGAUGAAAAAGAUUACUUUGGAAGACCGAGUUAUAAAAAUGACUACGGAUUAUCUAAAAAGGACUCACUGUACAUGAAAUUAGAUUAUGAUGGUCUUCACGAUCCACCAAGCUAUGGAAAGGCAAGUUACGACAGUAAGUACGAUAUGCAUGAUUACUAUAAACGACCAACUUAUGAAACUGAUUACGAUGAAAAGGAUUAUAAAAGUUAUAAAGAUGAAUACGCACUAUCAGAAAAGGACUCACUGUACAAGAAUCUGGAUUAUGAGAGUCUUCAUGAUCCCCUAAGUUACCACGGAAAGGCAAGAGAUGUGAGUAAGCUUGAUGAAAAAGAUUACUUUGGAAGACCGGGUUAUAGAAAUGACUACGGAUUAUCUAAAAAGGACUCACUGGACGUAUAUAGAAUACUAGAUCAUCAGUUUCGCAGAAAGUACAGGGAAUUGGAUGAAAUGAGGCAAUUUGUUAAGCUUAUCCAAAUAUUAACGGUAUAAUCAAAAUACUAUAUUUUUGAUUAAAAAUAAAGUUAUUAAAUCUGA